AGCCGCCGCCGCUCCAUGGCGGCUCCGGCUCCGCGGCCGCCCGGCCUGUGCUGCUGCCGCAAGGGCUCCGCGGCCGGGCCGGAGGCGCCGCCGGCCCCGCCGCCGCCUCCCGAGCCGCCGCCGGACGUGGCGUCGGCGUCCAGCUCGCAGCUCUUCAGCCUGAGGCACCUGCACCUGGGGCUGGAGCUGCGGCCCGAGGCGCGGGCGCUGGCGGGCUGCCUGGUGCUGGAGCUCUGCGCGCUGCGCCCGCAGCCCCGCGCCCUGGUGCUGGACGUGCACCCGGCGCUGCGCGUCCUCUCGGCCGCUUUCCGCCGUGCCGCCGCCGGCGAAGCGCCCUGCGCCUUCGCCUUCUCGCCGGCCGAGGCUGCCGCCGCUCCGGCCCCGCCGCCCCCACCGCCCUGCCCGCCGCCGCCGCCGCCCUGCGCGCCGCCCUGCGCCGCCAGCCCGCCCGCCACCGCCACCUUCCUCUCGGCGCCCUGCAUCGCCGCCGGGCCGCUGCCCCCCGCCGCCCCCCCGGGGGACCCGCCCGCCGGCCCCCCGCCCGCCGCCGCCGAGCCGCCGCCGCCGCUGCCCCUCUUCGCUCAGCCGCCCUGCUCCGCCUGCCCGCUCGGCUUCAGGGUGGACCCCUUCACCGACUACGGCUCGUCCCUCACCAUCUCCCUGCCCGCCGCCCUCCAGCCGCACCAGCCCUUCCAGAUCAUCGUCCGCUACACCACGGCCGACGGCCCCGCCAUCUGGUGGCUGGAUCCAGAGCUGACAUAUGGCAAUGCCAAGCCCUUUGUCUUCACACAGGGACACUCGGUGUGUAACCGCUCCUUCUUCCCCUGCUUUGACACCCCUGCAGUGAAAUGCACCUACUCAGCUACUGUCAAGGCUCCAGCAGGCAUACAGGUGUUGAUGAGUGCCACCCAAAGUUCCUACCUAGAAGAGGAAGGUGUAUAUCAAUUUUACAUGGAAUAUCCAGUUCCUGCUUACCUAGUGGCCCUGGUGGCUGGAGACCUCAUACAUGCAGACAUAGGUCCAAGGAGCAGAGUGUGGGCAGAGCCUUGCCUGCUGCCAACAGCCAUCAGCAAGCUUUCUGGCAUUGUUGAACGCUGGUUGACUGCUGCAGAGAGUCUGUAUGGCCCCUAUAUAUGGGGAAGAUACGACAUUGUUUUUCUUCCUCCUUCCUUCCCUAUCGUUGCCAUGGAAAACCCAUGCCUGACCUUCAUCAUCUCUUCCAUUCUGGAGAGCGAUGAGUUUUUGAUCAUUGACGUCAUUCAUGAAGUUGCCCACAGCUGGUUUGGGAACGCGGUCACCAACGCCACGUGGGAGGAGAUGUGGCUGAGCGAGGGCCUGGCCACCUACGCGCAGCGCCGGAUCACCACCGAGACCUACGGAGCUGCCUUCACAUGUUUGGAGACUGCAUUCCGCCUCGAUGCUCUCCACAGACAGAUGAAGCUCCUUGGAGAAGACAACCCGGUCAGCAAGCUUCAGGUUAAACUGGAGCCAGGUGUAAAUCCCAGUAAUUUAAUGAACCUCUUCACCUAUGAGAAAGGCUACUGCUUUGUUUACUACCUGUCCCAGCUCUGUGGUGACCCCAGACACUUUGACUCCUUCCUAAGAGCCUACAUUGAGAAGUAUAAAUUUACCAGUGUUGUGGCUCAAGAUCUUCUGGAUUCCUUCCUGAAUUUUUUUCCAGAGCUGAAAGAGCAAUGUGUUGAGAGCAAAGCAGGACUGGAGUUUGAACGUUGGCUCAAUGCUACAGGACCUCCGUUAGCUGAGCCAGACUUAUCUCAGGGAUCCAGUCUGACCAGACCAGUGGAGACACUCUUCAAACUCUGGACCACAGAGCCUCUGGACUCUGUUGCUGCUGCCAGCAGUGUUGACCUCACUAAAUGGAGAACGUUCCAAACUGUGCUUUUCCUGGACAGAUUGCUGGAUGGAUCACCACUGCCACAUGAGGUGAUAAAAAAGCUCUCGGAAUGUUACUCCUCUCAGCUGGACUCCAUGAAUGCAGAAAUCCGUAUCCGCUGGUUGCAGAUUGUAGUCCGAAAUGACUAUUAUCCAGACCUUUACAAAGUCCGUCGCUUCUUGGAAAACCAGAUGUCUCGGAUGUACACAAUUCCACUUUACGAGGACCUUUGCACUGGCACUCUCAAGUCUUUUGCCUUAGAAAUUUUUUACCAGACCCAAAACCAGCUGCACCCCAAUUUGCGAAAAACGAUCCAACAGAUCUUAUCCCAGGGCUUGAAUCCACUUCCUGCCAUAGACACUACAGCAGUCACUACAGACACACCAGCAAUGGUGCUUGAGGACAAAGUCUCAGAGGCCACAAAUGGUGCCAUUUCACUCAGGGAUGUCAACGUGUCUGCUUAGAUCACCAGUUCAUGCCAGCCACAAAGCUUGAAAAUGGGGACAGGAACAGAGGAAAGAUAACAAAGCGUUGCCUCCUUUCCCUCAGCCUUGCAGCUGCAGUGUGUUGUAACUGGAUUUCUCUCCCAAAACACAAGCAAAUGUGCCUUCAAGUAUCCAAUAUGUAAUACUGCCAGAUUUCAGAGAUCUCCACCAGCUGUCUGACAAGUAUUUUGAUUCAGUUUUUACUCGUCAGGAACUCCUGGGCUGUUGCUUCUCCAUGGGUAGUGGAUUGUUCCCUUUCCUGAGGCUCUUCUGGAUGGUUUCUUCAGAUUUGUUGUUUGGUGGGAGGGUGUUCUUUUUCUUCUUAUUUUUUUCUUUUUUUUUUUUUUUUUUUUUUUUUUUGUUUUCUU